AAAAAAAAAAAAAAAACAAAAAGAGUUGGCUUCUGUUUUCAGCUAGCCUUUGGUUUCUGUUUUGUGCAGCAUAAAAACCCUAGGUGAGAGAAAACAUAAAGAUUCAAAUCGCUCUCUUCCUUCAUUCCAUUUUAGUAAUUUGGAAAAGACUGAGUUAAAAAGAGUUUGGAAGAUUGCUUCUUCAAUAUACGUUCUCGCCGGAAUUUCUAAGUCCCCGGCAUUUCGCGGGCGAGAAUUUCGUCGGUUCCCGAUGACCGGCGACACGAUUUCCGAUGGAGCAUCAUGGUUCUAAAUAACGCUGCCGUUUUGAAUUAAAAAAAAAGGGGGAAAAAAAAUUGACGUUGCGUGUCGGCUUCUAAAUAAAUUUCAACAUUUAGUUAAUGAAGUAGGUGUGCGGUGGUUAUGAGCUGCAGGGGAUCAUAGCCAGUAAGUAAAUAUCUUUGUUUGACUUUUUGGUCAUUAUUUGUGCCUCUGCGAGAAGAGACUUCGCGCAAAGACUAAUACUACAUUGCCCAUCGGGGCUGUUUUGAUCCGGAAAGUGAAAAUGGCGUCCUUGCUGGGUUUUCUUCCUGCUAUAUAUUUAUUACAGGUUAUUUUCUUCGCAUCUUUGCUGGUUGCAGAGAAGACAAAUCCACCAGUUUCUUUGAAUUCUGAUGCCCCAUUAGGGGAAAGGCACUCAGAAGAAUAUUGUGCAAUGUAUGAUAUAUGUGGAGCACGAAGCGAUGGAAAACCUCUGAACUGCCCGGAUGGUUCCCCUUCUGUCAAGCCGGAUGAGCUAUUUUCUGCGAAAAUCCAAAGUUUGUGUCCGACAUUGAGUGGAAAUGUCUGUUGCUCAGAGGCACAAUUUGAGACGCUGAGGUCGCAGGUUCAGCAAGCAAUUCCUUUUCUUGUGGGCUGUCCAGCGUGUUUGAGGAACUUCCUAAAUCUUUUUUGUGAGCUUUCAUGUUCUCCAAAUCAGAGUCUGUUUAUCAAUGUGACUUCUACCUCCCAGGUCGAGGGAAAUACAACUGUGGAUGGUGUUGAUUAUUACAUAACUGAUACUUUUGUUCAAGGACUGUAUGACUCCUGCAAGGAUGUAAAGUUUGGGACUAUGAACACGCGGGCCAUGGAAUUUGUUGGUGGUGGUGCUAACAGUUUUAAAGAAUGGUUGGCAUUUAUUGGUGCAAGAGCAGACCCUGGCCUUCCUGGUUCACCUUUUCCCAUCAGCUUCAAGAGAAGUGUUUCUGAGUCAUCUCCAAUGGAGCUAAUGAAUGUGUCCGUUUAUUCAUGUUCUGACACUUCAUUGGGCUGUUCAUGUGGUGAUUGCCCAUUAUCUCCUGCAUGUUCUAAUCCUGAACCUCCAUCUCCAUCUGAAAAAGAGUCUUGCUCAAUCAGAAUUGGAUCUCUUAAGAUUAGAUGCAUUGAAUUAGCAGUGGCCAUUCUGUAUAUAAUUCUGGUCUCUGCAUUCUUUGGAUGGGGUUUGUUUCAUCGGACAUCAGAAAGGAGGAGACCCACGGCUAGCAUGGAACCACUUUUGAAUGUCAUGCAUGAUGACUUCGACUCUGAUAAUCUGCAGAAGGAUGAGAGCCAUAUCACAGAAGUGCCUGAUUUGCUACCUUCAUUUAAUAAAUGGAUCCAACUGUCUGUAGUUCAAGGAUACAUUUCAAACUUUUUCAGGACUUAUGGGAAGUGGGUUGCUAGAAAUCCCACUCUCGUGCUUUGUUCCUCGUUGGCGAUUGUUCUUGUGCUUUGUCUAGGUCUAGUUUUUUUCAAGGUGGAGACACGGCCUGAAAAGCUGUGGGUAGGUCAAGGGAGUAGGGCAGCGGAAGAGAAACAUUUUUUUGACAGUCAUCUUGCCCCCUUCUAUAGAAUUGAACAGCUCAUAGUAGCAACCAUUCCUGAUUCUAAGAAUGGCAAUCGGCCCGGUAUUCUUACAGAUGAUAAUAUUCUGUUACUUUUUGAUAUGCAGAAGAAGGUUGAUAAAAUUAGGGCAAAUUAUUCUGGCUCAGUGGUAUCUCUAACUGACAUUUGCUUAAAACCUCUUGGGGAGGAUUGUGCUACUCAAAGCAUUUUGCAGUAUUUUCAAAUGGACCCUGAUAAUUUAGACAACUAUGGAGGAGUAGAACAUGCAGAGUAUUGUUUUCAGCAUUAUAGUACUGCAGAGACAUGUAUGAGUGCAUCUAAGGCUCCGCUUGAACCAGUCACUGCCUUGGGAGGAUUUUCUGGAAGCAAUUAUUCAGAGGCUUCAGCAUUUAUUAUCACCUACCCAGUUAAUAAUGCGGUAGACGAAGGAGGCAAUGAGAAUGGGAAGUCACUGGCUUGGGAAAUGGAAUUUAUCAAGUUAGCAAAGGAGGAGCUGCUGCCUAUGGUGCAAUCUAGCAAUCUUACUCUUUCAUUUUCAUCGGAGAGCUCGAUUGAGGAAGAGUUGAAAAGAGAGAGUACUGCAGAUGUUAUAACAAUAGUUGUAAGCUACCUGGUGAUGUUUGCUUAUGUAUCAGUUACCUUGGGAGAUGCACCUCAGUUAUCUUCUUUCUACCUGUCAUCCAAGGUGCUGCUUGGUCUUUCAGGAGUUGUACUUGUCAUACUUUCGGUCCUUGGAUCUGCAGGAUUUUUCAGUGCCAUUGGAGUUAAAUCUACAUUAAUCAUAAUGGAAGUUAUUCCUUUCCUGGUUCUGGCUGUUGGUGUAGAUAAUAUGUGUAUACUGGUACAUGCUGUGAAAAGACAAUCCUUGGAGUUACCUAUAGAAGAAAAAAUAAGCAAUGCACUAGUUGAAGUUGGGCCAUCCAUAACACUAGCUAGUUUGUCUGAGAUUCUGGCAUUUGCAGUUGGAAGCUUCAUUCCUAUGCCAGCUUGCCGAGUCUUCUCCAUGUUUGCAGCUUUGGCUGUGCUAUUGGACUUCAUUCUACAAGUUACUGCUUUUGUUGCGCUUAUAGUUUUUGACCUUUUAAGAGCUGAGGAUAACAGGAUUGAUUGUUUUCCGUGCAUAAAAAUUCCUAUAUCUACGGAGCCAAAUGAAGGAAUCAAUCAGAGAAGAGCUGGAUUGCUGGCCCGAUACAUGAAGGAGGUUCAUGCACCCGUUCUUGGGAUUUGGGCAGUAAAAAUGGUUGUCCUUGCUGUCUUUUCUGCUUUUACUCUAGCAAGCAUUGCAUUAUGUACUAGGAUUGAACCUGGUUUGGAGCAAAAGAUUGCUCUUCCGAGGGACUCUUACCUCCAGGGAUAUUUCAAUAAUAUCUCAGACUAUCUCAGAAUUGGACCACCAUUAUAUUUUGUGGUUAAGGAUUACAACUACAGCUUGGAAUCAAGACAUACGAACAAGUUAUGCUCCAUCAGCCAAUGUGAUUCUAACUCUCUCUUAAAUGAGAUAUCAAGAGCAUCGUUAACACCAGAAUCAAGCCAUAUUGCUAAGCCAGCUGCCUCUUGGCUCGAUGAUUUUCUUGUAUGGCUGUCACCAGAGGCUUUUGGUUGCUGUCGAAAGUUUAUAAAUGGCUCUUACUGUCCACCUGAUGAUCAGCCACCUUGCUGUGAACCUGAUGAGGGAUCUUGUGGCUUAGGUGGAGUAUGUGCAGAUUGUACAACUUGCUUUCGCCACUCAGAUUUGGUUAAUGAUCGCCCAUCUACAACCCAGUUUAUGGAGAAGCUUCCAUGGUUCCUCAAUGCAUUGCCAUCAGCUGAUUGUGCAAAAGCUGGCCAUGGGGCUUAUACCAAUAGUGUCGAUCUGAAUGGUUAUGAGAGUGGAGUUAUAAAAGCAUCUGAAUUCCGUACUUAUCACACACCACUAAAUGAACAGGGUGACUAUGUCAACUCAUUGCGAGCUGCAAGGGAGUUCAGCUCAAGAGUUUCUGAUUCUUUGAAGAUGGAUGUCUUUCCAUACUCGGUAUUCUAUAUAUUUUUUGAGCAAUAUCUAGAUAUAUGGAGGGUUGCCUUGGUCAACAUUGCCUUAGCACUGGGUGCUAUAUUUAUUGUUUGCCUGCUUAUAACUUCCAGUUUAUGGAGUACAGCAAUCAUUUUACUCAAUCUGGCAAUGAUUGUUGUGGAUCUCAUGGGUGUAAUGGCGAUUCUGGACAUCCAGCUGAACGCAGUCUCUGUUGUGAACCUUAUAAUGUCUAUAGGGAUUGCUGUUGAGUUCUGUGUGCAUAUCACUCAUGCUUAUUUGGUAACUCAUGGGGAUAGAAGCCAUCGUGUGAAAGAAGCUCUAAGUACCAUGGGAGCAUCUGUCUUCAGUGGAAUCACUCUUACAAAGCUAGUUGGUGUGAUCGUCCUUUUCUUCUCAAGAUCAGAACUUUUUGUGGUUUAUUAUUUCCAAAUGUACCUGGCUUUGGUUCUUAUUGGGUUCUUGCAUGGACUUGUAUUCUUACCUGUGGUGUUGAGUUUGUUCGGUCCGCCGCCGAGAAGUGCAAUAAUCGUGAAAGAAGAUGAAUCUUCAUUUCAAAUGAGCUGAUCGUUAGAGAGGUAUGGCCAUCGUUCCAGCGCAAAAAGAGUGUUUACUCUCACAUUAUGUACGGACACAAAAAUAAAAAUUGAAAUGUGAUUCACCACACAACACAGAAAGUUGUAUGACCAUGAUAUCUGUCCUAAUUUGAUAUUGUACAGUCUGAUAAAUUUUAUGUACAUAUUUGUCUCACUUUUA